AUGGAUGAGGCUCUGAAAGUAGCAUGUAACCGUCCUGAUCCCGGGACGUGGGCUUCACCUCGUACAUCGCGACCGUCCUCGGCCGAGGUUUGUCAGCUGGUGGAAGAGUUGACCCUAGAAGACUAUACUCUCGAGCUCUCCGGUCUCGAGCCCUCGACGACCGCUACCUCCUAUAUCGACACGGAUAUGUUCUCAGGAGGGGCAUGCCACCCAGAGGUUGGGAGUAAAUUUUACUCUGAGCAAAUUCUGGACGCUCCGGGGUCUCUGCGCACUCCCUUGUCGGAGAAGGAUAGGCGUCACGUUGUGGACGAGAUGAUACCAACGGCGACAUAUAAGAUGCUGAAGAAAAUUUCCCCAGAAGUCCUAGCAACCCCUGGUCCUUCGGGCGACGCUCUGCGAAUGCAGCUUUUGAGAGGGGCAUGCAUUGUAUUUUUUUCAGCUGGGUAUCCUGGGAAACGUUUUGUUUACGAAACUGCUGAGCGCCUCGGCGUUAAAGCUGUUAUUAUUGACUCGCCUGGAUCCUGGGCGGAAGCUCUUCUCGAAGAAGGUGUCAUUGCCAAGUUUAUCCCUAUUGACAUGACGCAAGACUCUAAGUCAGUUUUUGAUCAAGCUUACAAAGCCAUUCUCGAACUGAAAGAUGACCCUCUGGUUUGUGGUGCAGAUGGCAUUUGUACGAUGGUGGAGUUGUCUGUCCCGGUGGUCGCGCGUCUGGCUGAAUCACUCGGGAUGCGUGGGCCGAGUCCAGCAGCGGUGGAUACGGUGCGGGAUAAGUACCGAAUGCGGGAGUCUCUUCAUAAGGCCGGCCUUGCUGGGGUGAAGCAUUUCCUCAUCCACUCUGUUGAAGAUCUUGACCGUGCUGCAGCUCAUGUAGGAUUUCCUGCUGUGGUGAAGCCUGUCUCCGGCGCAGCAUCUCUCGGCGUGGAAAAGGUGACUUCACGGGAAGAUCUACGUCGAGUUUACGGCGACGUACAGGAUCUGCUCUCGAAGCUUGUCAUCAACUCCGGCGCUUUAGAGCGUGACAGUGUACCUGUCGGGUCUGCGGCGAUCUCGGUCAAAGCUGACAAAUGCAUGAAUACAUCGGUGGUCCUAGAGGAGUAUUUGGACGGUCAAGAAGUUGAUAUUGAUGUUGUUUUAUCUUCUGGUCUCGGUUGCACUUACUGCGGUAUACACGAUAAUGGUCCAACCAAGGAACCCUACUUUGCUGAGACCUGGGGCGUACUGCCCAGCGCCCUCCCGAGUCAGAGUGUCGCCGAACUCAAAGAACUGGCAUUAAAAUCCUUAGAAGCGACUGGAUUUACUGAAGGAGUUUUUCAUGUCGAAGGGAAGUACACUAGCCGGGGGCCACGGUUGAUCGAGAUAAACCCCAGGAUGGGCGGAGGUCCUGUGUGGAUAGUGCACAAGUUGGCAUUCAAGGUUGACCUGGCGGUACAGGCUAUGCUCUUGUCGGUUGGAAUCCCAGCGAUUCCUAUACAUGACCCUGACUGUCCGAAUGGGGCGGUGGUCUGGCUCUCCGUGAACGCCCCGAAGAGUGGUCACAUUAAUAAUUUUGGUUUUAUCAAGCAAUGGCUCGAGUGGCCUCAUGCGGAUGUCAAGAUUGCUCGCCCAAUGGUCGCAGAAGGAGAGAAGAUUGUGGGACCAGAGGAUGGCCAGCCAAGCUGGCUUGUUGAUAUUAUCUUCGUUGCUCCUAAUCCGGAGGAGGCUACUCGCCUUGCUAAUAUGCUCUAUCACGAGGUGGAAGAAGAGUGUGUCAAACACUACACAUGA